AAAAGACAGCGAUAGAAAAAGGUAGAAAGGUAGAAAGACGUCUAAUAGAGAUAUAAGUACAUUUGUAAUAAUGUGAAAUUUAAAAUCGUGAAUCUAAUCCUUUUCCGCCUAAUCUAAGGACGGAUUUGAACGAAAUUAUUCACGUGAAAGUGAUACAUAUUUGAGCAUACUGUAUUGUGUUGUUGUGGAUUUGGUUACCGUUUAGGUUAUAAUAAUAUAGGCAUGUCAUAGAUGUAACAAUUGUAAAAGAAGAGUGGCUAAUAAAUUAUUCUUCUGUUAUUUCCAAUAAAUGUACGUAUACCUCAUAUGAGUUGUAUUUUAUGAUUCUUUCGUUUGUUCAAAAUGUAGAUUCCUGAAAAAAACGAUUAUUCUCGUAUUAAUUAACGUUAUAUACGCUUUACUAUUUUGUAAAUGUUAAUUAGAAUAGAAAAUUGUUUGAGCUUUAAUCAUUCAAAUACUGUUGUUACCAUUGCAUUUUUAAAAGAGCAACAAAUAUCACGAUUUGUUGGUAAAUGCGCGAAUUUUGCACAUCUUUCGCAAACCUGUUCUGCUCUCUAGCGGGAUAAACGAGUAUCUCGAUAGGAUAUUUCAAAAGUGCCGCGGGAAAUGUUUGAUUUAUUUUACUUUUCGAUCAUUUCAAAGUGCAGCGAUAGAUUUUUAGCAGUACCAUUCAUUGUGAUGUGAGUUUACCUGUGGUACAAUCAGUACAAAAGUUAACGAUCGCUGAUGUGCGAGUGAAAAGGAAUAAUCAAAGGCAGAACAAAACGGUCGAAAAUAAAUCAAAUAAUCUUCCAUGUUUAAUCGGUGGUGGGAAAGGUGGAUUUUAUAGCGAAGAUAAGAUCUUUGCGAAUCGUGCAACGCUCUUUAAUUACUGAAGUAAUUAACGCGUACCGCUCAGUACAGCAACAAUGACGACCGUAGAAUCUCAGACUGAUAAAACUUUAAGUCAUCUCGAUAAGCUUUCGAAUACGGAGGUAGCUGAAAUUCCGUCCGAUCGUGGACUUCCUGUUGGAAUAAGUCCAUUGGAAUCCCGGGUGUCCGGACAUCCGUUCGACGAUGAACGACAUAUGAUUGGUAUGUUACGAAGGUCGGAUGGCCGUGUAUUUAAACCCGUCAUGAAGCCAAUGCUAGGAAUAACAUUCCUUACCCUGAAAGACAUUACCGAUGGUAUGGCAGAACCGUGCGUGAUGGACAUAAAGAUAGGAAAACGAACGUGGGAUCCUUUAGCCAGUUCCGAGAAGAAGGCAAAGGAAGAAUUGAAGUACGCCGAGUCAAAACGCACUUACGGUUUCUGUAUAACUGGCUUUCAAGUAUACUGCGCCUCUUCCAGCCAGUUAAGAAAGUUUGGCAAACAUUAUGGCAAGACACUCGAUGCGAAAGGUGUCGUGGAAGCGCUGAAAAUCUUCCUGAAUAUAAGUCCAGAAAGACCGCCCUGUCGUCAAUUGAUUGUGAAGCUUCUGUCUUUCUUGUGGAAGAUCUUACUGUUCUUUCGUACGCAGCGGUUGUUCCGCUUUUAUUCUAGUUCCCUGUUGGUGGCAUACGACGCGAAAAGGCUGCGCCAUUAUCACCGUCUGGGUAACAAGGAUACCGGGCGCCUACCGAAAACGUUCACUUCGUCGAACAGUCACGCGUCCAAAUCGAGCGUGUUCAAUGCGGCCGGCAAAUCGAUCGCGAACAGCGUCGAAACGAGCAGAAAUCGAACGAUGGAGAGGGUGCAUUUUAUUAAAAGAAGCAUCAGCUUGAGCAGCGAGUACGACAAGAUUGAAAAGGAGAGAACGUUGAACAGAAGCGGAUCCUGUAGUCCGGACUUAAGGGUAGGCCGACUAUGUCGCACCCAUUCUUACGUGAACAACUUCGAUGAUGACAUCGUUAAAAUGAAAGAGGAUUACGAUGACCUGUUAAACGAACUGACCAGUUCUUCGGAAGAGAAACAGAAUUGGGUACGGAUAAAUAUGAUAGAUUUCACGCACGUCUUCCCAGCGGAGGAUCCAACUGCUUUGGAUAUGAAUUAUUUAGAGGGGAUCGAGAAUCUGAUCAAACUCGUGGAGAUGUUCCUUGUGUCAAAGGAUCACGCUGCAUGAACUGUGUCGAUAACGUAGAACGCCCUUGUUAUACGUUUCGAUGCAAUCGUACUUUUGUAUUCUUUAAACGAUGUUAGAAUAUGUUUUUGACAUUAGGGCCAGCGAGAAAUUGCAAGCUGGAAAUCGUACUUUUGUGAUUCAAUGCACGAUAGAAACGUUUCGUGAAAGCUUUCUACACGUAGCAUGUAAUGCGAACAAUUAAGUAUUUAUCGUUGUCUCAGAGCCUUCAUGAAAUGUUUCUGAUAUUUGUAGUUGGCACAAUGAAUCAGAAGCACUGAAAAAUCAAACGUUUAAUUGUAUCGCACCAGAUGUAAUCAUUUGUAACGAUCAUUUUUUUUUUUUUUUCGUUGCACCUCGUUUGUCGCUAUUCCAUAGUGACGAAAAAUCUUACUCGUUUGUUUUAUUAUACACAUGUACAUUUACAAGCAUCGACAACGUAUGUAUUCGUUUCUCGCACGAUUGUAGUAGUCAUCUGUUACUCGUGUCAUUUACUUUCUUACGCUGUUCCUGUGCAGACGAGAUUCUAUAAUUAUACCUACUAAUUACGGAAAUUAUGUUGAUAUGGUACAAAAAAAAAUAAAACAGUUAACGCAAA